GAUGAAGAUCAUUCUGGUUUCCAUUCUGGGGUUGACCCUGUUCUCUCAGGGGCACAGCUACACCCUAGACACCUGUGAAGGGCGUUGUGGCUCGUUGCCAGAUCCUGGCAAAACCUGUCAAUGUAAUACAUCGUGUGAGCGCUUUGGAGACUGCUGCUCAGACUAUGAAAGCCACUGCAAAGGACCGACUUCACAAUUGUCCUGCAAGGGUCGAUGUGGAGAGAAAUACAACUCCCAGAACAAGUGCCACUGCAACACGAAGUGUGGGGACCAUAACAACUGCUGCAGUGACUACUCCUCUCUCUGUGGAGGUGGUGGAGAGGGAGGCAGUGAUAUUACCGAUGCUGAGAUCCAGGCAUUGUCUGAGACUUUGUAUGCUCUGGACUCCAACAAGCCCUCUGCGGCAGAGCUGAUCAUUGACCCCCAGGCCCUGGUGCCCGACUCCCAGACCAACUCCCAGAACGAUCUGUCCCCACGCCCCUUGUUCCAGUUCCUGGACGAGGCUUCCCUGUUCUCCAAGCCGUCAUAUGCUGCCUUGCUGGCCCUGCUGGACAACUAUAACAGAAACACAGGCACGACAGAGGACUUCACACCCGAACAACUGGCUGAGCAGGAAACCUUCCUCAGGGAGACUAUGUCCAACACUGAGCUAGGCAGAGAGCUCUAUGCAUUCCUCUUCACCAAGGGACGUUACGGCUCAGAGAAAGAGUUCCUCCAUGACCUGAAGAUGAUGUGGUUUGGCCUCUACUCCCGAUAUGCUGGCAAGAUGGACUCCAGUGGCUUCGAGCACAUCUUUGCAGGGGAGAUUAAGGGUGGGAAAAUAUCUGGCUUCCACAACUGGCUCCAGUUCUACCUACAAGAGAAACAGGGCCUGCUUGACUACUACAGCCACAGCUUCAAUGGACCUUGGACUUCUUACCCUGAUGUUCUGGGAAUGCAGUUUAUGUGGGAUGGUUACUUCAAGCAGGUUGGUUCUGCCCUCAUUGGCAGCAGUCCUGAGUUCGACUUCGCUUUGUACAGUCUUUGCUACAUUACCCGCCCAGGGAAACAGUGUAAACUCAGCCUGGGAGGGAAGCCUUUGUUAAUCCAGACCUACACCUGGGACAAAUCCUCCUAUGAGAAUGGGAAGAAAUACAUUGGCUCUGCUUUUCCAUCUACACCCUAAGUGAAACACAUGGCAGCACACCAUUCAACCCACCAACAGCCUGAAAAUCACCUCAUGCAAAAUCUAGAAAAUAUCUUGCAAUAAAAUAUA